AUGGUAUCUCUCAAAGACAGGCCUCUAAAUUAUUUGGUGUGCCUCGUCAAACGCUGCAAUUCAGAAAAAAAAACUGGAUCCUCAAUAGUUAAGUACAAGAAAGGUUUCCCGGUCAUAAAAUUUGAUAUACAAGUAUCUGUGAAAGAAUUCUUGGAUGCAAAUCCUCGGGAUAAUCCAUUUUGUGAUCAUAUAUCUGGCGACGGAUGGUACAGGGCUUUUCUCAAACGACAUCCAGCUCUAACUCACCACACCCUAGAGGCUGUAACAGCAGCUAGUUCUGUUAUUUCAGAGUCAGACAUACGACAUUGGUUUACUUUGGUGGAGGAAUAUCUCAAGGGAAAGGGUUAUUUUGAUAUAUUGAGAGAUCCAACCAGAGUGUUCAAUGGGGACGAGACAUGUUUUUUCUUUUGUCCUAAAAAUACCAAGGUUAUUGCUCCUAGAGGUGCAAGAAACGUUUAUGAGGUAGACUCUGCCCAAGCAAAAACGAACAUAACCGCCAUGUUCACUGCUGCUGGUCAGGUGACAGAACCUAUGAUAAUAUUUCCGUAUAAGAGGCUACCAGCUUCCAUCAUAAAUUCGGUACCAAGUUCUUGGGGAAUUGGUCAUAGUGACAAUGGUUGGAUGAAGGUGGAAUUGUUUUACGAAUAUAUCGGCAAUGUCUCAUAUCCGUGUUUGAAAAAUAGUGGAACUAAAUUUUCGGUCAUUCUUUUCGUGGAUCGACAUUGUACUCAUCAAACUUUGAAGUUGAGUCAGCUAUGUACGAAACUAGAGAUUAUUUUGAUAGCACUCUUUCCAAAUGCUACCAGAAUUAUGCAACCUGCUGAUGUGGCAGCUUUCAAGCCACUCAAAACGGGAUGGAAAAAAGCUGUAUUGGAGUUCAGAAGGUAA